UUAUUUGAUUCUAGGCACAGACAGGGUGGAGCGGAUGACCAAAACUUACAAUGAUAUCGACAUGGUUACACAUCUCCUGGCAGAGAGAGAUCGUGAUCUGGAACUCGCUGCUCGAAUUGGACAGGCUCUCUUAAAGCGAAACCAUGUCUUAUCAGAGCAGAAUGAAGCCCUGGAGGAGCAGCUGGGACAAGCCUUUGAUCAAGUUAAUCAGCUACAGCAUGAGCUCUCCAAGAAAGAUGAGUUACUUCGAAUUGUCUCCAUUGCUUCUGAAGAAAGUGAAACUGAUUCCAGCUGUUCUACACCUCUUCGGUUCAAUGAGUCCUUUAGCUUAUCUCAAGGUUUACUGCAAUUGGACAUGCUGCAAGAAAAGCUUAAGGAACUGGAAGAAGAGAAUAUGGCUCUUCGAUCAAAGGCUUGUCACAUAAAGACAGAAACUAUUACCUAUGAAGAGAAGGAACAGCAGCUUGUCAAUGACUGUGUUAAAGAACUUCGUGAAACAAAUGCUCAGAUGUCCAGAAUGACUGAAGAAUUGUCAGGGAAGAGUGAUGAACUGAUUCGAUACCAGGAAGAGAUCUCCUCUCUCUUGUCUCAGAUUGUAGAUCUUCAGCAUAAACUUAAAGAACAUGUGAUUGAGAAAGAAGAACUAAGACUUCACCUACAAGCUUCCAAAGAUGCCCAACGACAACUAACAAUGGAGCUACAUGAGUUACAAGACAGGAAUAUGGAGUGCCUGGGAAUGUUACACGAAUCCCAAGAAGAAAUAAAAGAACUUCGUAGUAGAUCUGGCCCUGCUGCUCAUCUCUACUUAUCCCAGUCAUAUGGCGCUUUUACUGGAGAAUCCUUGGCAGCUGAGAUUGAGGGGACCAUGCGUAAAAAGUUGAGUUUGGAUGAGGAAUCUUCUCUUUUUAAACAAAAAGCCCAACAGAAACGGGUAUUUGAUACUGUCAAAGUUGCCAAUGACACGCGGGGCCGCUGUAUCUCAUUCCCAGCUCUGCUGCCCAUCCCAGGCUCCAACCGUUCAAGUGUCAUCAUGACCGCAAAACCCUUUGAAUCUGGUCUACAGCAAACAGAGAACGAAACACUCCUGAAUCAGGGAAGCAACUCAGAGGAGGUUCCAGGGAACUCCCAGAAGAUGGAUCACCCAGGACUCUCUGGAGAGAGUGAUUUGGCCACAGCACUGCAUCGCCUUAGGCUGCGCCGACAGAACUAUUUAAGUGAGAAGCAAUUCUUUGCUGAAGAGUGGGAGCGGAAGAUCCAGGUUCUGGCUGACCAGAAGGAAGGGGCUAGUAGCUGCCUUACCCCCACAGAGAGCCUUGCCUCUCUCUGUACCAACCAGUCAGAGAUCACAGACUUCAGCAGCGCCAGUUGCCUUCGAGGUUUCAUGCCAGAAAAAUUACAAAUUGUCAAGCCACUUGAAGGAUCACAAACUCUGCAUCACUGGCAGCAGCUUGCUCAACCAAACUUGGGGACAAUUUUUGAUCCACGACCAGGUGUUAUUACUAAAGGAUUUACCCAGUUGCCCAGUGAUGCCAUCUAUCACCUCUCAGAUUUAGAAGAAGAUGAAGAGGAGGGUAUCACUUUUCAGGUUCAGCAGCCUCUUCAAGUAGAACAGAAACCUUCAGUAUCCAACCCAGUAACGGGGAUCUUCCUACCGUCCAUUACUUCAACAGGAGGACCAGUUACAGUUGCAACCUCAAACCCAGGAAAGUGUCUGUCAUGCACAAACUCGACAUUCACCUUCACAACUUGUAGGAUAUUACAUCCCUCUGACAUCACUCAGGUUACCCCCAGCUCUGGGUUCCCUUCAUUAUCCUGUGGAAGUAGUGGUAGCAGUUCAUCAAACACGGCUGUGAAUUCUCCUGCCAUGUCCUAUAGACUCAGCAUUGGUGAAUCUAUCACCAACCGAAGAGAUUCUACUAUAACCUUCAGUAGCACCAUGAGCUUGGCCAAACUUCUACAAGAGCGAGGCAUCUCUGCCAAAGUGUACCACAGUCCAGUUUCAGAGAACCCCCUCCUCCAGCCAUUCCCUAAAGUCCUAGCCACCCCUUCCACACCACCAAAUUCACCAUCUCACUCACCUUCCCCUCCUCCUUUGCCCUUUGAGCCUCGAGUACAUCUCUCUGAAAAUUUUUUGGCCUCCCGACCAGCUGAAACAUUCCUCCAGGAGGUAUAUGGCUUGAGACCCUCCCGGAACCCUCUUGACAUUGGCCAGUUGAAGAUGAAUUUAGUGGACAGGCUGAAGAGACUGGGGAUAGCCAGAGUGGUCAAGACCCCUGACAUCAAGGAGAAUGGAAGAAGCCAAGAGGCAGAAGUUGGUCUUCAAAAGCCAGAUUCUGCUAUUUAUUUGAGUGCAAGUAGCAACUUUUUGGGUGGACUGAGGAGGAAUCAGAGUCUUCCGGUCAUGAUGGGUAGCUUUGGUACCCCAGCUUGCACAUCCUCACCCAAAAUGGGUAUCCUGAAGGAGGACUGAGGCCCAGCAGUUAGCUGACCUCCUAUACAGAUGAGCACAUGAAAGGGAGUAAGCACCACUAGUACAUGUGGUCUGAUCUGACUUGUGAACAAAGGAAUGUUGCAGAAGGGUUGUGAAUGUGGAAGAGGGAAGUGGAGGAAUGGAAACAAAUUUGGGAUAAGGCCCUAGUGGAUAAAGUGUGAUAAAUUGAAAGUAUAAAUGAAUAGGCCAUGAGUGUUUGGAGGCAGAAAAGGAAGUAAGAUUUAAUACACUCCUUCAAUUGAGUUUUUUAACCUUGAACAUAAAAAUCAAAUAGAAAAUAAAUUCAGUAAUAUUGAAACAUACCAGAGA